UAAACUCUUUCUGCUGCAGCAAGGCUCCUCAUCAAGAUGGGCACCAUGCACUACCUCCUGCUUUGUGCUGUCAUCUUCCUACCUGACACUCCUGCUUUUCCAGUGCAGCCGAAACCAGAAUCAUGGAGCAGCAUAGACCUUGAAAAAGUAAAGGGAUAUCUUGAUAAAUUCUUUCCAAUUCUGGCAAAAACACAAAACCUAAGUAUAGAAGAAAGGAUUAAAGAAAUGCAGAAGUUUUUCCACCUGACUGUAACUGGAAAAUUAGACACAGAAACAGAAGGAAUAAUGAAAAUGCCCAGAUGUGGUAUGCCUGAUGUAGCAGAAUAUCAAACAUUCCCUGGAACUCCAAGAUGGAAAAAGACACAUUUAACUUACAAGAUUCUCAAUUAUACACCUGAUCUACACAGAAGGAAAGUGGAUGAUGCAAUUAAAAGGGCAUUGAUGGUAUGGAGUGAUGUGACUCCACUGCAAUUCCGAAGAGUCGACGCAGGCCAUGCAGACAUUGAGAUUAGAUUUGCACGUCGUGAGCAUGGUGACGGAGCUCCUUUUGAUGGAAGAGGUGGCACGCUGGCCCAUGCGUUUGCACCUGGAGAAGGGAUUGGAGGAGAUGCUCACUUUGAUGAUGAUGAAAAAUGGUCAGAUUUCAAUCGAGAUGUCAAUUUGUUCCUUGUUGCUGCUCAUGAAUUUGGCCAUUCUUUGGGACUUGCUCAUUCCAAUGUCCGUGGAGCUCUGAUGUACCCCCUCUACUCAUAUCAGAACCCACAAACCUUCAGACUUCCAGCCGAUGACAGGAGAGGAAUUCAGAAGUUAUACGGGAAAAAGCCAUCAAACUCUUGAAGAAAGUGCUUAAUGAAGACCCAAGAAUUCACAUCUCGUUGUUCUGGUGUUCCAAAACAAUUUUAAUCCUCCAGCUAAUUAACGUGGUAAAUUCCUGGGCUGCAUUUUCUCUCCCUGAAUUUUUAUAAUGAUUUAUUUGCACUUUACACAAUUUCACCUAAUAAAAAGAAUAAUAAAAAUAA